UAGUCUUAAGAUAUUGACUUUCUUUAAAAUCGUAGGGAAGUCUAUACUUUCUUGAAUGAGUUAUUGAAAAAUUUUUAUCAUAACUACAGUGAUAAAUAUUAUUAACAAAUUAAUUAAUAAUUAUAUGUCGUAUACUAGAAUGUGAAGUCACAUCCUAGUUUAAUUCAAGUUUUAUCUUGCACAGAUGAUGAAAUUUGAAAGUUAAAGAUUACAAGUUUUGAAGAUAAAUAAAAGUUCUUGUUGCUUUUGAGAAAAAUGAUUGAAGAGCCAAAAGAAAUAGAAGAUCAAGAAAUCAUAGUAAAUGAGAUUGAUGGUCUUCCUAGUUUACAUGAUAACCAAAAAGAUCUACAAAAAGCACUAGCCUCUGAGCAAUCAUCAUUGGAAGAUUUGAAUGAUGAAGAUUUACCGACUUCUUUAAUUAUUACUAAUGUUGAUCCAGCAAUUUUUAAAGAUGAUGAUCUAAAAAAAGAAAUAGAAAUGAUGUUUAGUAAAUUUGGAGAAAUUCUUUCUGUUCAAUAUUUUCGAAGUUUUAAACGUAUUAGAGUUAAUUACAGUACUUCAUUGUCUGCAGCUAAUGCUAGAAUUCAAAUGCAUCAAAUACGUUUCUAUGACACAGUAAUUAAUUGUUACUUUGCACAGCCUGUAACACCAAUGGAUGCUGCUGAUCAACAUUUACAAUUGCCAGCUCCAGUAAAACAAUUUUUGAUUUCACCUCCUGCAUCUCCACCUGAAGGAUGGGUACCAAGGGCUGAAGGAGAACCACUUAUUAAUUAUGAUUUAAUUGCAGCAAUUGCUAGUCUUACUCCUGGACAACCUCAUGAGAUUCAUGCACCUACUGAUACACUACCAGGGAUUGUUUUGCAUGUUGCUGAAGGCUAUGGAAAUAAAAAUACAGUCACGAUUCCUCACACGAGGUUACCAGAUAAAUAAAAUUAUACUUUUUUGUUUUACUGAAUUUAAGCACUUAAAAGCAUGUUUUUUAAUUUAAUGAUCAAUUAUUUCAUAGUUAAUAGUAAAUAUUUGUUUAUAUACUAUUUUUGAAAGUAUAAGUAGUUAAUUAGUUGAUAAUAAUUAAACAUUUUAUUUAAACUGAUUACAUGUUGAUAUUUUCUCUCAUUCUAGUUACUUACCUCCUUAAGACUGUCUUUUAAAACUUUACCAAGAAAUGUAUAACUAUAAUACAUCUUAUUUUUUAACUGUUAUUUAGUUAUCUUGUACAUAAUUUUAAGCUAACAUUUUUUUUUUCAU